AUGCCUCACACUGUUACUCUACGAAACAUAUGUUCUAAUCUAAAUGUCAGUGUCUCUGAAGAGCAGCAGCAGCACUCUAAUUUCUUAAGGUAUAUUAAACAAAAAUUUAAAACUUUAAAAGAAUGUGAGCACAAUGUAAUAUUAAUGAUGGAUGAAAUUCAUCUAAAACCUUUUUAUGAUUUUAAAGGUGGCAAUAUUGUUGGUUCUGCAUAUGACAGUGCAUUUGCUGCUUCUUCAGCAUAUACAUUUAUGAUUAGAAGCUUAUUAUCAUCUUACAAAGAUGUUGCUCACAUCCUGCCAAUAAAAUCAUUUAGUGCAGAAAAAUUGUUUGAAAUUUUAAGAGAUGUAAUUGUAGGUCUUGAAAAGAUGUCCUUCUUUAGUGAGAAGCAUGAAAUUAAAAUUAUGUACCAAAAUCCAUAUGAACCACACAGACCCCUUUUUUUUUUUUUUGUCAUUGAUCCUGUUCAUUUGUUAAAAUGUAUUCGUAACAAUUGGAUUGGCCAAAAAAAUGAUGGCUUGUUUAUGUAUUUUCCUAAAUUUAAUGCUGUUGGCAGUGAAGAAUUUAAUGCAGCCUCAUUUAAUACUAUAAGAAAACUACAUGAUCUUGAAUUUGAUAGUUUAAUUAAAUAUGGGUAUGGUUUAACUCUUAAAGCUUUAUGGCCUUCAAAUCUUGAAAGGCAGAAUGUUAAAUUAGUUUUACAAGUGUUUAAUAACUGGGUAAUCACAGCCUUAACAGAACUAGGUAAUAAACACAAUUUGGAUAGUUAUGAAUCAACAGCUAAUUAUAUAGAUAUAAUUUAUAAAUGGUGGUGUAUAGUAAAUACCAAAACACCUCUUAAAGGCAAACGACUGAAAUGUUCUUUUCAAGAACCACUGAUAUUUUCAAAUGUAGACUCAAAUGUUGAGUAUUUAAAUAACUUUGUAAACUGGUUGGACAAAUGGAAAGAUGCAAAAUGCACUACUGGUUGCUUGUCAAAAGAAACUCAUGAUGCUCUGAGAAACACAACAUAUGCACUUAUUUGA